GUUUCUUCUGUAAUUGGAGAUGUCCUGACACACACACACACACACACACACACACACGCUGGACGCACGGGGUGGUGAAGGACAGGAGCAGAAGCAGGAGGACUGAGCGGUUCUCUGUGAACGGAACUGUGGUGGAUUAACAGAUUAUCGGAUCUAUACACACACACACACACACACACACACACACACACACCUGUUAAUAGGCGGUUCCGUUUCCGGUGGUGUGUGUCCGUGUGUCAUGGCCACGGUGUUCCAGUGCAGGGUCCAGUUCUUGGACGACACCGACCCGUUUAACAGCACCAACUUCCCGGAGCCCGCGCCCUCCCGGUACACCUUCCGCCAGGACACCCCGCUGUCAGACCAGCUGUCCGCCGUGCACGCGCUCCUGCACCCGCCGCACAAGUUAGAUGAUUGUGCUCUUCAGCUGUCCCAUAAUGGCACAUAUUUGGAUUUGGAAUCAUCUCUCAGUGAACAGAUUGAUGAACUGGAAGGGUUCGAGCAGGACGACUGUGGAGAAGGAAAGAAACACAGUAUAAUUCUGAGAACUCAGCUGAGUGUCCGGGUUCAUGCCUGCAUUGAGAAGCUGUAUAACUGUGAUGGCAGAGAUCUAAGACGGGCUUUAUUCUCUCUCAAACAGAUAUUUCAGGAUGAUAAGGACCUGGUCCAUGCCUUUGUGAUGGCGGGGGGACUAACCUGUCUGAUUAAAGUUGGAGCAAACGCAGACCAGAACUACCAGAACUACAUCCUGCGAGCUUUAGGUCAAAUCAUGCUGUAUGUGGAUGGUAUGAACGGGGUCAUAGGACAUCCGGAGGCCAUCCAAUGGCUCUACAUUCUGAUUGGCUCGAAGUUUCGUCUCGUAGUGAAAACGGCACUGAAGCUCCUGCUGGUGUUUGUGGAAUAUUCCGAGUCUAAUGCCACUCUGCUCAUUCAAGCCGUCAAUGCUGUGGAUGCAAAGAGAGGACGGAGACAGUGGUCCAACGCUAUGGAGAUAUUAAACGAGAAGGACGGAGUGGACACGGAGUUGCUGGUGUACACAAUGUCCCUCAUCAACAAGACUCUGGCGGCUCUGCCUGAUCAGGAUUCGUUCUAUGACCUGGUGGAUGUUCUGGAGGAGCAAGGCAUCGAACACAUGACCUCACGCUACAGCACACACAGGAGCACUGACCCUGAACUCCGAGAGCAGAUCAGAAUUUAUGAGGAAACACUUCAGCAUGAGGAUGAUGAUGACGAAGGCCAGGCCCCACCCACAGGAAACUGUGGAACUCCGAGGUCCACUGCAGGCAGAGUGAAGGGGCGGGGCUUAGAGAGACGUCGCAGUCUCAGACACUCACUGGGUCACAUCUCGACUUUAAGCCCCGCCUCCUCACAUAGGACCAACUACAACAGGGGAGAGGAAAAAGCAACAUCAAGUGCAGUGAAGCCUCUACCUGUCAUAGAGGAGGAGAGUGAUGAAAGCGAAAAGACUCCACAGACAGAGUCGAGCUCUGAUGAUGAUGAUGGUGAUGAAGAGGGAGAAGGUAGACCCUGUAGUCUAAGUGUGAUCAGAGACCAGGCUGCUGGUGCUGAUCUUGCUGCUGCUACUCCCAGUGCUGAUGUAGAGGAAGAGAAGUGUGUGAAGGAGUCUGAGGAAAAUGUCAAGCCUCCGUCUUUACUAGCGUCUUUACUCGCCCAACGCAAGUCCUCUGUAGUGGUUCCACCCUGCUCUGAGAUGACUCCACCCCUCCACGACUCCACCCGUCCACAGAACCUCCUACCAUAUGUCCCACACUCUCCAUUUCACCUCUUUUCCUACGACAUUCAGGAGGAUGUGGAUCUGAAGCAGAAUCAUGCUGAAAGGCAUACAAGAUCAUAUUCCACUCUCAGUGCUGCAUCCCCUCCCAGCAAACACCAGAACGAAAGGCCUGGUCUUCUUCUGUCCUCCUCCUAUCGACAGCAUCAGGAGUCUCUGGCAGCACAGCGAGAGAGGAGGAGAAUUGAACGUGAGGAGAGACUGCAGAAAAUCGAGAGAGAGGAGAGAAAUAAACACAGCCGGGACUAUGCUGUGAACAUGGAGGAGGCUCGAAUAGCUCGAGAGGAAAGAUUUAAAACUGCAGAAAGGAUCGCAGCGGAGGAAUACGAGCAAGAACGAGUGCGAUCAGCACCUCACAGCUUCUCAGACAUCUAUCAAUCACAUCAGGAUCACACACCCACUGCAUCCCACCUGCCAGAUGCUGAAUCAGUGUUUCUAUCCAUCUCAGAACCUGAACAAAAGGAACAAGAAGAAGAGGAGGAGGAAGAGAUCAGUGCUGAGCAGGUCAUGGAAGAGGCAGCAGAAAAAGAAGAGGAACCUGGAGAGGAAGUGGAGAAACCUGGAGAGGAAGUGGAGGAACCUGGAGAGGAAGUGGAGGAAACUGGAGAGGAAGUGGAGGAAGAUGAAGUGGAGAAACCUGGAGAGGAAGUGAAAGAACUGGUUAACUUUUCUCAGGAAGCAGAAGUGGAAGACAGUGGAAUUUUGAGUGAUAAGGAACGACAGAAUGAAGAAGUGAAUGAGAAAGAUAACUGUUCAGCAUCAAGUAUCUCAUCAUCCAGCAGCACCCUGGAGAGGAGACAGAGCUUCUCCACAACACCACACAACCUCAAACAUCUUUAUAUCCCCCAUACUCUUAUAAAAUCAACAGCAAUCCUGGAUUUUAAAAGUCUGGAGAAGAUUCUGAUGGCAUCCUCUGCUAGAAGCUGGUUGGCAAUGCGCAGGGACCAGAGUCCCAUACAUGCUGCCAGGUCCUCCAUGUGUGACAGGUCUGUCUCUGCAAUGUUCACCAUCUCAUGGAUUGUGAUGAUCUUUGAGGAGAUCAGGGUUCUGGACAGUGUGGGGGUGGUCGCACUGGAGAUGUCCAGGCGACUCCCGUGCAGAAGGGGCUCCUCCAGCAGCCAGUGUCUGAACAGUGAUCAAUGUCAUGACAUCCUCAACAGCAAAGUGUUCAUGAUGGACAUGCUCUACUCACAGAACAUGAAACCCGGUGAGGAAGAAGAGGAAGAGGAGGCAGAGCUGGAAAAAGAAGGUGGACAUGAAAAUGAAAGUGAGGAGUCCCGAGUGGUGGGCGGGGCUAAUACGAGUGGAGAGAACAGCGGCGAGAAGAAGUCUGAGAGUGGAUCAGUUCGAGCAUUUGCUGAACGCUUUGGAGAUGUUGUGAAAGGCCUGAGCUCUCCACCAAUCGAAAUGCAGGAAGAGCAGAAGCCCCUCCAUCUGCCCCCAGUUAUAACCCCCCAAAAAGAAUCAGACAAUAUGUGGGAUCAGAUCAUGGCCACACCUCGUGAGCUGCGCAUCAGAGACAUCGACUUCACGGAUUUGGCUGAUGAGGAUGAUCAGGGCAUCCUGGAUUCAGGAGGUUUAAUUGGGUCAGGAACUCUGGCUCCACCUCCACCUCCUCCAUGCCCCUUCAACAUUAACCCUCCUCCAGCCCCUCCAGCCCCUGGACCUGGCACAGCCCCACCUCCACCUCCUCCUCAGUCUGAAUGCUUGCUCUUUCAGAAGAAGAAGAAGACGAUCCGUUUAUUCUGGAGUGAGGUGAGACCGGAUGAGUGGAGGUUUCUGGGAAUAAGACGAGGACCCCUGUCUCUCUGGUCCAAACUGGAACCAGUAAAACUGGACAUAAGCAAACUGGAGCACCUGUUUGAGAGCAAGUCCAAGGAAAUUAGUGUAACCAAGAAAACUGCAGUGGAAGGUAAGAGGCAGGAGAUCAUUGUCCUGGAUUCCAAACGCAGUAACGCCAUUAACAUCGGCCUCACCGUGCUUCCUCCACCACGAACCAUCAAAUCUGCCAUCCUUAAUUUUGAUGAAUAUGCACUGAAUAAAGAGGGCAUUGAGAAGCUCCUGAUGAUGGUUCCAACUGAAGAGGAGAAGCAGAGGAUUCAGGAAGCUCACAUGUUGAAUCCUGAUGUUCCUUUGGGCAGUGCUGAGUCCUUCCUAUUAACACUCUCAUCCAUCAGUGAACUUUGUGCUCGCCUCCAGCUGUGGGCCUUCAAAAUGGACUAUGACACCAUUGAGAAGGAAGUGGCAGAGCCGUUACAAGACUUAAAGGAGGGCAUGGAGCAGCUGGAGAAGAAUAAGACAUUCCGCUACAUCCUCUCUGCCUUGCUUGGUAUUGGCAACUUUCUCAACGGAUCUCAAGCUAAAGGUUUUGAUCUGAGUUAUCUGGAGAAGGUUCCAGAGGUGAAGGACACAGUCCAUAAACAGUCUUUGCUGCACCAUGCCUGCUCUGCAGUAGUGGAGAACUUUACUGACAGCACCGACCUUUACUCAGAGAUCGGCGCUAUUACACGCUCUGCUAAGGUCGACUUUGACUUGCUGCAGGACAAUUUGGCACAGAUGGAACGCCGCUGCAAAGCAUCUUGGGAAAAUCUGAAGCUGAUCGCCAAGCACGAGAUGAAACCAGCACUCAAGCAGAAGUUGACAGACUUCCUGAAGGACUGUGCAGGGAGGAUUAUCAUACUGAAGACUGUACAUCGACGCAUCAUCAACCGGUUCCACAUGUUCCUGCUGUUUCUUGGACACCCAGUGUCUGGAGUUCGUGAGAUCAGUGUUCAUCGUUUCUGCAAAAUCGUUAGUGAAUUUGCACUGGAGUACCGAACCACAAGAGAGAGAAUACUCCAGCAAAAACAGAAACGAGCCGAUCAUCGCGAGAGGAACAGGACACGGGGGAAGUUGAUCAUAGACAUCAAUGCUAAGACUGAUGAUGAAGAAGAGAAUGUGAGAAAUCAGGGACCUGGAAGCAGCUGUAGCGGUAGUGUCUCUACUGUAAGGAAAAAUGAAGUUCAGGGACUGAACCAUGAGGAAGAUGCAGCAGAUCAUGAAUACAUGACAACAGUGCUAAAGAGAAGCCAGCGAGGUAGCAGCACUGAGAUAAGUGGAGUCCCGGGACUACGUACAAGAACAAGGGCAAGACCCAGCAGAAGUCAUACUGUGUUAGCAGCAGCAGCAGCAAAUGAAUGUAGCAUGCCUGAUGAUCCAGCUGAUGAGAUCAUGGAGCGGAUUGUACGCUCGGCUACACAGAGUUCACAAGAACGCACUGAGCUACGUGAACGAAGACGCUCACGCGCAAACCGUAAAUCAGUGAGGAGGACAUUAAAGAGUGAGAUGACCCUGGAGGAGGCACAAGCUCAGGAAGCUCAGGUGUGGAAGCCCCUUUGAUGCAGAUCCAGCAAGACGCCACUGUCCUCCUCAAAAAUCUCACUUUUCUGAAUGUUUGAAUGAAAUAGUAAACAUAAACCAGUCACAGUAUUUCUGUAAUAUUGUGAGUUUGUGUAACACUGCCUCUGUCAGCGACUUCAAACUGCAUUAAAGGAAUAAAACACUUUCCUUCAAUAUAAAUGUCCUGAAAACACUAGAAAGUGUUCACUAUUAAAUCUUAGGGAUGGUAGUGAGACGACCUAAUGAGGACUGAGGACUGGUUCUAUCAGGGGAAGUGGACACAUAAGAAUUGUGUUGAAACACAGCCUGCAGAAGGUGAACUUUCACAGUGCCUUUUAUUAAAUGCUUUAAUUCACUGCUCUUUUUUCUGCUCAUUUGAUUUGAUUAUUUAUUGACGUUUAUUUGAACACUUCUUUGCUCUCAAACCUGCAGUGACAUGACUGUAAUCAUGUUUUGUACAAUAAAACCGAGAUCACUGUCCUAUUUGGGAGAUUAAUGAUCAGAUGAAUGCUUUCUAUUGAUUAAAUGUGAAAAAAAGCCA